AUGAUUCCAGAACAUCCGUCGUACGCCCCUCGAGGCCGAAGACAACAAUCACCAGACUCUCCCGACAGUGAUUCGGGCGACGAGUAUCCUCCCGCCUUUGGUCGCCAGAAUGAUCGGAGGCAAUGGCAACAACCUCCUGUGCCACCCGCCCCUGGAUACGCACCCAGCCAGUCAUCUGGUCCUACUUACGCUCCCUAUCCUCCCGUCCCAGGCCAUGGCCAUGCCCCAUAUGCCCACCACAAUCCUCUCCCGGUCACCUCGGAGCUCAUGAGAGUUUCUCAUAACUCAGGACCGCCGAACCAUUAUGGGGUGCCACCUUAUGCAUAUCCACCCCAAUUUCCACCACACGGGUCACACUUUCUCCCUGAUCAGGCCCAAUUACACUCGCGACAUGCGCCUCGCCAGCCACCACCCCAGCUGCAUAAUCCGAUGCAGCCACCCAUACCGCAUGCGAUGGGUCCUCACGCUUCCCACCCGCCUUACACUGGAUACCCACAUGAGUUGAUGCCAUACGCCCCGGCUGCUUACUAUCGAGAUCAACCUAACUAUUUCGGAGCACCAAUCCCGGGCAUGAUGCCUCCUCAUUAUUGGCCCCCCGCGUAUCCCCCGGUGCCUUCUCCUCCAUCGCAACCGGAACCUAAAUCCCCUCCGGCCUCGACACCUGUCCCCGAACCUUCCCCUGCUCCUGCUCCCGCUCCAGCUCCCGCGCCUCCGCCCGUGCCUCCGGUCGACGCGGCCAAAGAUGAGCAGAUUGCGAGGCUGGAGAAAUUGAUUCUGGAUGAUCGACUAGCGCGCGAAGCGAAAGAGCAAGAGCGCGAAGCAAAGGAGCUCGCCCAGAAGCAGGCAAUUGAACGCGCCGCGGCCGAAAAGGCAGCCCAGGAAGCACAGAUAGCGCACGAUAGGAAGAUUACGCUGGAAGCUGCAGCUCUCGCUCGAGCUGACGCGGAGAAAAAGGCCGCAGAGGAUGCCGCAAAGGCGAAAGAGGAGGCAGAAAAAGCGGCCGCCGCUGCAGCUGCCGAUGCUGCCGCUGCUGCCACAGCGGCUGCCAAAGAAGCGGCUGCCAAAGCUGCCGAACCACCGCCACCGCCGCCGCCUCCAGAGAAGAAGCCGCCCAUCAAGUUUAAAGACGCGAUCGGUAGAAAAUUCAGCUUCCCAUUCGAGCUCUGUGCAACAUGGCAGGGAAUGGAAGAACUUAUCCGGCAGGCUUUCGUCCAUAUUGAUGUCAUUGGACCUCAUGUGGCUGAAGGUCAUUAUGAUCUUGUCGGUCCCAAUGGCGACAUCAUCCUUCCACAGGUAUGGGAGACUGUGGUUGAGCCUGACUGGGCGAUCACCAUGCACAUGUGGCCUAUUCCUGAAAAGCCAAAGGAGGAUGCUCCCCCGGCGGCAGAUGCAGCCCCAGCAAAACCUCCUGAUCCACCGGCCGACACAAAGAAAAAAGCAGAUGGGCCCAAGAAAGCUAAAGCUAGAGGACCGGAAGUCCCCGGGAGUUUCGCAAUGUGGGUGUUGGGUGGUGCUAAUCGCCGCGGUGGUAAAGGAGGCCCCAAAGUGGAAAAGAAGCCUGAUGCCUCUCCCGCGGCCCCCGCACCAUGA